AUGAUAAAAAAGAAUGGCGAUUUAAACAAUGUGGUUCUAAGACGAGGUGUCGACGGUAGGAUUCCAGAUCAUAGUUUAGGACGGGGCGCAUCUACAUCUGCAGCAGAGGCGGCUAGCUAUCCAGGAGGGCCGUACAAUACGUCUCUUUUGGUAAAGUACGAACUUCAUGUUGCUCACCAUUUAUGGUUUGGUGAGGAAAGAGGUCUGAAGAAAGAGUUAAAGGUUGUUGGACACGAACUUAAGCUGACAUCGAGGGUUCCACUAGCUCUUCCACAACAGAUGGAGAGUUGGAUUUCUAGGUCUGAGUCAUCUUUACUUCAAAGAACUAGUUUGAACAAGAUAGACACAAAUCUGGCAUUUGCGACUAGAGCAUAUUUGUUGAUGUUGGUGGAUUCCACAAUUUUUGCCGACAAGACCUUUACACUUGUCGAGACACGAUAUCUCUUACUGUUUACAGAUUUAGAUAGAUGUUCGGGAUACAGUUGGGGAGCAACUGCAUUGGUUUCCUAUACAGAUACCUUGGAGAUGCGUCCAUGUUCAGUUGCAAGCAGCUUAGUGGAUAUCCUACUCUCCUACAGAGGAGAGAAUUGGAAACCAGAUGAUAAUUAUGGUCUUCCUCGAGCGAUGAAAUGGUCCUAUAGGCAAGGAGUCCUGAAGGUGGAUGACUUGCUAUCUAUUUUGGAAGAGUUGAUACUUGCCGAUGUCAUAUGGCCUCCAUUUGAGGAUCAUAGAGGAUGGCGCCAGUUUGAUGAGUUAUGUCUGUACAUGGGGUGUUUGAAGUGGGGUGACACAGUUGUUCCAUACUUGCUUGACAGAUGUAUACGUCAGUUCGGGUACAAGCAGUAUGUUCCAUCCCCACCUCAUGAUUGUAUGAUGGCUAAUGAUAUUGAUGUUGAUUGGAUUGGUUACCAUCAGAGCGUUCUUGCUGUGAUCCGUCCAACAACAUUGGCCACUACUCCAUCUGAUAUAAAAGAUGGAUACCUGGAGUAG